AUGAAGAUCAAAGCACAUUCCGGACUGCAGCUACAGGUACUGGCGCUAUAUAAAAAGGCACUACAGGCAGCUAUGCGUAAGGACGUCGACACGUUGCAAUACGUGCGCGAGCGCUUCCGUGAAGAUGUAGUAGCAGUGGACCGAAAGAAUUUUGUCCUGAUCGAGUACAUGUUGCGCAAAGGCGAGCGCGACGUGAAGCAACUGGCCGGAACGAAGUCCGCGCACUUUGCAAAAGUAUCGCACCCGAAGUAA